AUGGCAAGGGGUCGAAAGCUGACGAUGAGCCAGAGCGAGAGGUAUCUAGGAAACAACUAUAUUUACGGUGACAGUAACGGUAACUCCGUCACCGACGAAUCAGAGCUCACGGAAGAGGACAUCUGGUCUCACGCCGUCGAUCACAGCGCCGACGAUCGCUCGGAGAUUCCGGAAUCUUUCGGCGCGUGGAGCUCACGCGAUUCGGUGGUGAGGAACGGCCGCGUGGGUGGUGGUGGUCUGUCCCUGGCGAUUGCGGACACGUCAUCUUCGCCGAGGAUCGUGCACCAGAUAAGCUGCGGAGGAGGAGGAGAAGGUGGUGCUGGAGGAGGAGGGAAAAGCCAGCGACAGUUGGCGUCGUCGGCGCCGGUGAACGUGCCGGACUGGAGUAAGAUCUACCGAGUCAACUCGGUCGAGUCGAUACACGAGUCUGAGGAAGAGGACGAGGAAGACUCCGGGAUGAUGCCUCCGCACGAGUACCUGGCGAAGAGCCAAAAGAGGCGGAGCAGGAAAUCUGGCGGCGGAGGCGGCGGCGGCGCGUCGGUGUUUGAAGGAGUAGGAAGGACUCUCAAAGGACGAGAGUUAAGGCGCGUUCGCGACGCGAUUUGGAGCCAAACUGGGUUCUACGGCUAA